CUGACUAUCAAAGGAGUAGUGUGGUGCACCAAGUGACAACUGAGUUACUAAUCCUUUGUUACUGUACAAUUGGAGAUCAUGGGAAUCGUACAGUAACUCUUCUUCUGGUGAUGUCUAAAUGGUUGCAAGUCUCUGGGGAGCUUCUAAAUGGACGAGAUGUCUAUUGCCGCAGUGACCACUUAGCAUCAAGUAGCAUUGACUGCUUUUAAAGUGGAAUGUCUGUUAGCAUUCACUGGGAUGAAUGUGGCCACUGUUUCCUGGUUUCGAGAAAUCAAUACAGCCAUAGAGUAACUGCUACACUGACAUCUCUCUUUUUUUUCCUUCUUCCUUGGAUUAUGAAGGACAUGCUGAUACAUCCAAGGAAAAGCCAGUGUGCAAGGACUGCUCUUUAAGGUCAUGAUUCUUUUUCCUGAGUCAAACUGGAUAACAGCACAACAGUAACAGAAGUUUCAUCCAGUCAUCUUUAAGUAGCUAUAACUUUGUCCAACAGCAGGAAAAACAGGAAUGGUGACAUAGUGGGAGAGAAAUAUUUUAACAGGGAUUCAACCAGACACAGAACACAAGGAUUUAACCACUUGACUAUCUCUGAAUUCAGACUGCAUAGCGAUGGACUGUAUAUUUUUGCAACUCGACACACAAACUAAAAAUAAACUGGAAUAUACUCUUUCUAUGUUUUUCCUGUGAGUGCAUAGAUUAUAAAUGUCAAUGAAGAAGUCAACUGACUGAUUAGCUAAUUGCUAUCAUUAUGAGCGUACCAACUGUCUCAAUGGAGGGUGGUCACACUUGUAAUUAAUACAAUUUAAAGUCAUGAACAUGUGCAUUACUUUGUGGACAUGCUGCUCUGAUACUUAACAUUAACAGGUCAUUAGAUUAAUUACUCAAUAUACUUUUAUUGUGAACAAAUGGAGACUUUGAGGCAGCAGGUAAACAGCAGUGGCCUUGGCCAAAUGAAUAGGGCAGAUGAGGAUUUGAUUAAGGUCUUGGUGCCCAUCCUGGAUGGACUAAUUUUGGUGACUGGCCUGGUGGGUCAAACCCUUGUCAUCACCAUUGUUACUGGCAGGCGGAGGAAAGGAAGUCAACUCCCGCACUGUACAGACACCCUGCUGCUGGCUCUGAGUGCUGCUGACCUCCUUCUGCUGCUCUGCCUGCCCUUCCACACCUCUGCCAUCACCAUGGGCUUCUGGCCUUUCGGCAGUUUCCUGUGCAAAGCCAUCAGCUUCCUGGGUGUGGCCUGCUCGGCUGCUUCAGUCUUUACCAUGGCAGCUUUGGCAGUGACACGUUACCUCACAGUGGUACACCCCACCUGGGUGUACCGGUCAAGAAUGCACCAACGUAUUAAGCUGACAGUAGUUCUGCUCUGGGUCCCUGCCUCAGCCCUGGCAGCGCCGCAGUUUGCCUUCCGCACAGUUACUGCCUCCAGCUCAGUGUACUGCUUUGCCUUUCUGCCUGACUUCAGCCAGCUGGUCUACAGCAUCGCCCUCUUCCUGUGCGGCUUUGCUUUACCACUGGGCAUCAUUGUACUAAUGUAUGCCAAAAUCUACUGUUUUCUUCAACAUGCACGGCUGCUGGGGAAUGCUCCCCAGCUGGAGCGCUACCAGAGCCAGGUGACUCAAACUUCAGCUCUCCUGGUCCUGGUCUUUACUCUCCUCUGGCUACCCUCCUAUGCUCUCAUGUUCUCCUUCAUUGGAGGAACCAUAAUAGGCUCACAUGGCUACAAUACUAUUGCCAUCCUGGCCAGACUGUUAGCAUCCUCAGUGGCAGUGGUAAACCCUAUACUAUAUGGGUUUAUGUCUCAGAAGUUUAGACAAGACUUAAUAAAGCUGGGGAGAGAACGUUGGGCAUUUUGCAAAAGUUGUCUGAUUAGUUGCCCUGAUGUGAUGGGGAGGGACAUGGUACAGCCCUUUGAGCUGGACUCAGGCCAAAACUGACUAGAAAAUACUGCUACCUCAUUCCUCACUAUGUAUAUUUGUAUAUCACUGUAUGGAAAUAAAUGAAAUAUUACAUAUGCAAUACUCAAAGUGAUGUUAAAUGCAAUGAACUUUAAUCCAUUGUUGUGUAUUAAAUUAGAUAAACAACUCUUUAAACCCCAUUACCCAUUUUGCUAGUUUAUACUAGGAGUAUAAAAAUUUGGCAGAAUGUAGUAAAACUAAAAGUUGAUUUAUGAUAAUAUUGACUGGUUACAAAGUAUUUUCUGGAAGAUAAGAUAUCAGCUGUAAAAUGUAACUUUCCAUCAAAUAAAUUCUGUUGUCAGUGGAUGAAAAACUAAUGUGCAAAAACUAACCAUCAUUUUCACAAUCUGUUCAAAACAACAUCAAGAAACACACCAACCCCUUGCACUUCACAUGU